AUGUCUCAGUCAAAAAAUUUUGAAGAACCCUUGGACUCUGAAAAUAAAUGUGAAUCUGAAAAUUUUGCUGGAGCAACUGAAAUUUUAAGUGAAAAGAAAUAUACAACUAUUAGUUUAAUGUACAGUAUAUUAGCAGUAAUUAAUCAAAAAUUAAUACCAGAUGAUAAUUCCGAUGAAGUUCUACAAGAAGAAGGAACAUUGACUGCUUUGCUAGAUCUAAGAUUCAAGGAUUUAAAGUUUGCUUCUGAAUCAUUGUGCAUUAGAACUUAUGAACAGUUAAAAAAUACAUAUCUAAAUAUGAGAAACUUAACUGAUAAAGAUCAAGAAGUUAAAUUUAGAGCAGUUUCAUCAAAUUCAUUAUUAGCAAGAAUAUUUCAAGAUAAUAUUAAUUGUGCUGAUAAAGUAGCUAAUUAUCUGGCUUUACCUAAUAUUCAUCUUGACGAUUAUAGCAAUCCAGAUUCAUGA